ACACUCGCAAACGAAAGCUUGACAAGUUGGUAAGCGCGGAAACAAUAGACGGAGGGAAACUGAGAGAAGCAGCUACAAAAAAAUCGGACGAAAGUAUUCUUUUACAUAUUGCAGAAAAGGACUGUGUCGCAUUGGAGGUAAAAUACCACAAGAGAUGCUAUGAACGAUACACAAACUUUCUAAGACAUACAGAUAAGACAGACGAUGCCGAGGAAACUGGUAUCAGUAACAAAUGCGCAUGCAAAUACGAAAGUUCCUUUGACAUCUUCUGUGAAGACUUUGUAAAAAAAGAAAUCAUUAACAAUGGGAACAUCUAUUUCAUGAACAAAAUUAAAGAAGAAUUCGUCAAAACUGUUGCGCAGGUUGAGGAUACUGAUGCAUCCCACUAUAGAACAUACCUUUUGAAAAAAAGACUGCAAGUAAAGUUUCCUGAACUAGUCUUCUACCUUCCAAAAAUGCGCAGAAAAAGUGAGAUUGUGUAUGCCGAAAGUUUGAGUCAAGGUGCUGUAGCGGAAGCUUACUUAGAUGACGAAAAUCAAACUUUGGAAACUGAGAUGGACAUUGAAGACGACGACUUGCAUGACGAAAUCAAGAACCAGUGUGAUAAAACAGCGACGUUGACAGAGAUUUAUAACGUUGCCCUUACAUUAAGAAACAUUCUACGUUGCAGCACACAGAAGUGGUAUAAAAACUGGCCUCCACUCGCAUCUGACAUCACCGUUGAAAGUAUUGCGAAAUUAGUAUCGCCUCUUCUAUUUAAUUUCAUGACAUGGCUCCUUGGGUUUUCCGAUAUUCCAGAAGUGUCAGAAUAUGUUGAAGUAGACGAAAAGAACGCCGCAAAAGUUUUUACUAUUUGCCAAGAUCUGAUCUACGUUAGCAGCAAGGGAAAAACCCAAACACCCAAAUCUCUGGCAUUGGCGAUGGCUGUUAGGCAAAUUUCUGGUUGUUCGAGUCUAAUCAACAUUUUGAAUGGUCUUGGACAUUGCGUGUCCCUGUCUUCUACAAUGGCCUACGAUUCUGCUCUUGCACAAUCAACUAUGAACACGUCUGACAUCAUCCCAAAGGAAUUUGUUGCAAACAAAUACGUAAACCUUGUUUAUGAUAAUAUCGAUUUUGGCGAAGAAAUCACAAAGCAAACACAUGUUACAAAUGGCAUCAUCACACAGAAGUUGGCCGUUCAAAGUGAAGAUAGGUUACAGCAUCAGCAUGCAGUCGAGAUCAAGAAAACCCAACGAACGGUAAAGAUACAAACCAGUGAAAUAGCACCAUACAAUCUUAGAGUAAAAGUGACGCCAACGUUCCGUGAAAGCGCUGAAGAUAUCAACGAACGUUCAUAUGAGACAGCCCAGAAGCUUGACUUGGCUUAUGUUUUAACAAAAAUGGUUUGCGCUAAUGAUGAAACACCAAUGCCCGGAUGGACUGGUUUCAACACUAUGCUUCACGACGAAAUACCCGAUGUAUCAAGAGUGGGUUACCUGCCAGUUAUUGACGCAACGCCAACCGAAUAUUCCACAAUUAAUGAAAUCCUGAAGCGAAGCAUGGAUAUUGCAGAAACGUUACACCUGACAUAUGCCGUCUUGGUUUUUGAUGAAGCAGUGUAUUCAAAAGUCCAGCAUAUUAGAUGGAAAGAACCCGCCUACUAUGACAAAUUUGUUGUGCGUCUUGGCGAAUUUCAUACUAUCAUGUCUUUUCUUUCUGGUGUUUCAAAGAUUUUUGAAGAUGGAGGACUUAAGGAUAUAUUUAUCGAGUCUGGAGUUGUUACAGAAGGAUCUGUCAAGGGUGUUCUUUCAGGGAAGCAUUACAAUAGAUCUGUGUUUUGCCACAAGAUUGUACACGAAGCAAUGCAACGGUUGCGUUUCGAUGCAUUUCUGGACAGCCUUGACGAAGAAAAAGAAGAAAGAUUUAUGGGCUUUAUUAGGGAUAUGUCAGAUUCCUUUCCUGAACAGAAUUUUCAUGAGCAUAUUGAGAAUGAAGUUUUUGAAAAAAUCUGCAACGAGUAUGAAAGCUUUGUAGAAGAUGCAUCCAACAAGUCAAGGACAUUUGCUUUUUGGAGCAUGUACAUCAAAGUGAUAGGAAUUUUGUUGACGUUUAUCAGAGCCACCAGACAAAUCAACUGGAAACUUCAUUUAGCAGCAUUCCGUGCUAUGAUACCAUGGUUUUUCGCCUCUGAUAGAGUUAAUUAUGCGAGGUACGGAUCGGCGUAUUGGCUGGAGAUGAUGUCGCUAGAGCGAACUCAUCCAGGAAUUUUGCCCGAUUUAUCAUCCAAUUUCGCUGUACAGCGCCAGAGUAAUUAUGGUUUUUCCGCUGUUGCCUGCGAUCAAACCAUUGAGCAGACAGCAAAUCGCGAUUCCAAGACUAAAGGGGGUCUUAUCGGCUUUUCGAUGAAUCGAGCAGCAGUUCAUAGGUGGUUAUUAUCACAAUCGGAGAGAGCGGCAAUUACAAACAAAUGUAAAUACAUGGCAGGAAUGGAGUGCAAGCCAAGAAAGCGAAAAGACCUUGAUGAGACAAAAUGCAGGCGCUAUGAAACAUCAGUACAUAACGUAAUGUCUACCGUUUCCCAAAUGGUAAAUCCGUUUGAAGUACAACAAGAAGAGCUGACAAGUUUGGCAAGCGGGGUGGUGCUCGAAACCAUCGCCGCAGACCAACUAUUAAAUGCCGAGAAACUUGGUGAGAAGCAGUUCGCAGAAUUUUCAAGAAAAAAAUUGUUCUCCGACGAGCCCGACAUCUUUGCAAAAUUGGAACGGAAUAAGCUUCAGACGUUUUCAUCGAGCAGAAAAACAACAGGCAAAGAGAGCAAGGGCAAAGAAAUUAACACGAAAAUGAACAGAAAUUUCUUUGCUCGGCUUUUGGUCAUCGCAAAAAGUCGUGAGAUUGAUUUGAAGGAAGUCCUAUCGUACAGUCUUGGCGCUUACCCACUCUCUCUGGCAACACCAACAGGAGGUCUCGUCAAAACUGCGAAGUCAAAGCUGUUUGAGAUCGUAGAAAGUAAAGCGGGAAACCCUGAGGUCGACAUUCGUAAUUUCCAUAACAACGCUUUGAUAGUUGAUGCCAUGGCAGUUCUUCAAGUAAUGAAGGGUAAAUGGAAGACUUUCGGAGAGUUAGCCGAUUCGAUAUUUGCAAUUCUCAUCAAACUUGCGCGACAAUGUAAUGCCACAAGGUUGGAUUUCGUAGCGGAUCGUUACCCAGUUGUAAGUAUAAAGAAUACUGAGAGAGGUAGAAGAGCGGAAAAAGGUGUGCAACGAAUACGUAUUUUUGGAAAAGAUCAACCAAUUCCGAAGCAGUGGAAAAAAUUCAUGAGUUGCGGAGAAAACAAGGAAUCGCUGAUGUCGUUUUUAAGUGAACACUGGAGAACGUACCAGUCAUCUCAGUUGGCGGGUGUUUCAACAAUGUAUGUUACCUGCAAAGAGAAAUGCUUUGUACUUUCCUGUUGUACGUCAGAAUCCAAUCCAGUGUUAAGUUUGCAUUGUGGUGCGCUAGAAAGCAAUCACGAGGAGGCAGACACUCGUUUGUUGCUACACGCCAAGCAUGCAAUGGACACCAACGAUGCAGUAAUCAUCAAAAGUCCAGACACAGACGUCUUCUUACUUUGCACCGCAAUGCAAUCAAGUCUGGGAUCGAAAGAUCUGUUCAUGAUGACUGGCACAGGAAGCAAAUGUCGAACAAUUCAUGUAAAUGAAGUUUCGAACGCCUUGGGAAGAGAAUUUUGUCGCUGUUUGCUAGGAUUCCAUGCCUUUUCAGGAAGUGAUUGCACAAGUUCUUUUUACGGAAAAGGGAAAGUUAAAGCCUGGAAAACACUCAUUGACAAUCCUCGAUUUUUUGAGACAUUUUCAACGCUUGGUAGCAAUUUCCCUCCAACCGAAGCCCUGGUCAGUGAACUAAACGAGUUCACUUGCCUGUUAUAUGGAGACAAAGUAUCCACAAGCGUCAACGACUGUCGGUACACAUUGUUUAAAGCAGGCAAAUGUUCGGAUGAAGUAUUACCACCAACGUGCGACAGCCUCCUUAAGCACAUUGAACGAGUGAAUUACCAAACAGGCGUAUGGUCUCGGUGCUUGACUGCGCAAUUAGUUAUCCCUUCCCCAAUCGGUAAUGGUUGGCAACUCUCUAAUGGAGAAAUAGAGAUUGUAUGGAUGACACGCCCUUCAGCCCCUGAUUCUCUGCUUAAUUGCGUUUAUUGUCAUUGCAAGACCGGAUGCAAAACAAAACGAUGUUCCUGCCAAAAAGCCAACCUUAUCUGUACGGACCUAUGUUCUUGCGUCGACUGCGUAAAUGUAGCAGCAAGUGCUGGUGAAGAGGGAGAUAGUUGCGACGAGGACGAUACAGACAUUGAAACUACGGAUGUGGAGUUUGACAGCAGCGAUGAAUUUUAAUGAGAAUGUGCUAAUAUACGGUAAACAUAUUUUGCACUAUUUUUAUGUAAUUUGUACAUUUAUCUUUGAAAAUAUUCAAAGACAUAUGUAUAAACCUUCCUUCAACCGCGUGAAAUUCGCCUGCUAGAGACUUGCACUAGUAAAAUAACUGUGUAUUACAUGAAGUAUCCCGAACAAAAAUGGCGGAA